AGGGUACAGAGAUCGGCACGAUGUCUGAUCCAUCCAUGGGUACUGCUGAUGGCAGUGUCGCCAUCAAGCGCAAGCGUGACAGCACUGAUGAAACUGGCCCCGAUGCCCAGCGGCUUAACCGCUCCUCGAAUGGGAGCAACGGGAGCCUCCCCCCGACGGACAAUCAGCCCAACUUCACGCACAGUUCACUGGGAUCUUACGAUACCCACGGCCUCCCGUCCACAGAGUUGAAUAUCGACCAACAGAUUCUUCAGCACGUCGGUCCGCAGAAUGGUAUCUCGGACGACAACGCCCUGACAGCUAAAGCUGCGCUCGCUGCCCACACUCCUCAGAACAAAUACCCACCUCCCCCCGACAACACCUUCGACAACAACCUUGCGCACGGCUUGACCUUCGGAGAUGACAUCAGCCAGGCUAUUGGAUCCACUCAUGGCCACAACUCCACUGCUGCUGCGGUGUAUGCUGCGCGUGAGGCACAGAGUAUGAACCAGAAGCCUUCUGUUGGCUCUCCUGAGUGGCACCAGAUUCGCAAGAACAACCACAAAGAAGUGGAGCGUCGUCGUCGUGAAGCCAUCAAUGAGGGCAUCAACCAGAUUGCUCGUCUUGUGCCGAAUUGCGACAAGAACAAGGGUGCCAUUUUGCAGCGUGCGAUUGAGUACAUCUGCCAGUUGCAUGAGGAGAAAAAGGCAAUGAGUGAGCGCUGGGAACAGAACAACAUGACCACGAGUCAUGCCAUCAGCGAAAUCAGCUCUCAGAACUCGAAACUGAAGAUCGAGGUCAACCGCCGUGGGGACAUUGCUCUGAAAUGGUUGCAACGUUGCCGCGAUGCAGGUCUUGAGUUCGAUGACUAUGAAGAAGCAAAGGAGCUGGAGCCUCUUGAGGUGGAUCCCGGCCAAGUCUAGUUUCUUGUUGUUCGUCAAAUUUCUAUUCCUGUGGCUGCGCGGCGUUCUCCUUGGGCCAUUCCAUAUGUGCUACGACUUGAUCAUUCUCGGGGGCUGAGUUGUGACUUGCUCGCUCCUUUUCAUUUUCUUUGCGCUUGAUGUUGCCGGUUGAUAUUACAACGUUUCUGCACAAAUCCUACUCGAUCCCCACCUGGUUUCUUUUUCUUGUUUUCGUUUUUCGCAAGGGUCUUUUCACUGGGUACAAUUAUUUCAUGGUGUUGUUCUGAUGGUAAGACAACAUGAGUUGUUGCUAAUCUAUUUGCCAUGGUCGGCUUUCUGAUCCCCCUGCUCGUGCUCUUAUUCCCUGUUGUAUGCUAGUUUUUCGAACGGAUGGGUUAGUCGGCGAAUCGCAUGGCCAGCAGUGGGGUUGCAGGCUUUGUAUAUGGUCUGUAGUCCGUUGCUCUUAUCGAAAUUCAGAUGACUAACUAUUUCUCUGGG